CCAUCAUCCCUCAAUAUUAUUGUCCCGUCGUGCUCGUUUACCCCAUUCUCGUCUGCCGUCAGCACCAACAUUGGUUUGAACCUCCCACCCACCAGCUCAACAACCGAGGCACCACCACUAGACACCGAACUUUGACAUAAUUGCGAUCUGGAAUCUCUGUCCACUACUUCUGUCUAGCCUCAUACCUACCUCUCUUUCACGUCCCUCCCUCCCAGUCUACAGGUGCUAAAUCAGUCCCUCUGUCCAACGCUCUCCUUUCCAUAGGACCCUCACGUAGCCUGCACAUUCAACUCGCGGUCAUGUCAUAUUCUACACGCACUUGCCACGAAUAGAGCCUCAGCAGCUCUCAAUCUCCUCAUACCAAAUAUACAAAUAUGAUAUCAGCCACUCGACGAUGGCUAAGGCGAAAUCGAAAUGGAAUUGCCAUUGGGGCCGGCGUCAUCGGCGCAACCUAUUUGGCAGGUCAAUAUAUUCUGGGCAAGAUCAAUGAAGCCCGAGAUCGCAUGCAGAUGGAUCGAAUAGCAAAGGAGAACAUCCGACGCCGCUUCGAACAAAAUCAAACCGAUUGUACCAUGACCGCCCUUGCACUUCUACCUACUUUGACAGAAAAUGUCCUCGAACAACUCCCCGUUGAACAAUUGACAAACGAGUUACAACAGAAAAAGGCUGAAAGAUUGGCACGUGCAUCCGAAGGAAGAUCCGAGGCUUCAAGCAUACAUGACGGUGACACUGUUAGCCUGGCCAGCUUUCAGACAGGAAGUUUUAUCCAUGCAAGUCAGAUUCAAACAGACCCAAACCAGCCUCCUUCACGCCGCACCAAAGCCCAGCUGUGGAAUGAACUCAAGAUCACCUCCAUCACUCGAGCCUUCACCCUGAUUUACAGCCUGUCCCUCCUUAUCAUUCUCACACGAAUUCAGCUCAAUCUCCUCGGUCGCUUGAAUUACCUCUCCUCGGUCCUAUCUCUAGCCAAUCCGCCUCCACCAGGUCGGGCCAACUCGAUCUCAUUGGAAGACCAUGACAAUGACAACGCAGCGGGCGGCUUUGGUAACGACUUCGAAACCAAUCGGAAAUAUCUCACAUUUUCCUGGUAUCUUCUCCACAGAGGUUACGGACAGAUCCUGAUCAAAGUCAGAGCGGCUGUGGAAGAGGUCUUUGGAUCAGUAUCUCCAAAUGAGGGUGUGUCGGCCGCAAGAUUGAGUGACUUGGUCUUGUCAGUCCGAAAGAUCGUUGAAGGCAAUACUGAGCAAGAGAGAUAUGCCACAAGAUGGUUGCCAUAUAUUCUCCCACCAAAGGAGGAAGAAGAAGCUGUGUUGAUUGAAUCCGGAGUCAUCACUCCACCUCCUUCCUCACCAAAUCCAUCAUCUCCUGUUGAACAACCCUCCCAACCACAAGUGACGUCUCAACUCAACGCAUCGACCGAGCCAUUGAGGCAGUUGCUCGACGAAACUGCCGAUCUCAUCGAUUCGCCGACGUUUACAAGAAUCCACACUCUACUCUUAGGAUCAAUGUUUUCUCAUCUCGUGGACGGUCACAUCAUCGCCCAAGCCUUCCCUCAACAAUGGGCACAUUCCCCAUCGUCGUCCCUCUCUGGGCCACAACGCCCGCGGAUCCAAGAACUUGACUCUGCUGUGACGGUCGUUCCAGGCGAGCCAAGGGUCAAGCUCGCAAAUCUGUUGGCCGUGAUCACUCGGCAGGCUCGAGUGAUUGGACAAGUGCAGGUGGUGGAUAAGAUCCCGCGAAACGAGUAUGUUGACCGCGCGGAGGCCGAGGUACGCGAAUUGGAAGCAUUCGCCGCGGUAAUUUAUGCAAGUAAUAUUGAACAAAGCAUCGAGGGUCAACAACGGCAGCGGCAAGAAACACCCACCGAAGACUCGGUCAAGUCGGCGAGCGGUAUUGGAGUCAGCGAUGUUGGCUCACAGCCGGUGGACGACUUGAUCGAGAGCAAACUUGAGAGCGCGUGGACCAAGAUUUCAGGAUCGACUACUAUCCCGUCUCGCUAAGAGCGAGAGAAGACAUGGCGUGGAAGAAGUAGCAACCUCUGACCAUUGCGGGGUCAUGUGACACAAGUGAUCAAGGAUCGAGAGCCACGAUGAAUGAUUUAGUCAUAUUAUGACCCAGGUGCUGGUGGCUCCGAGAAGGAAUCUAUGUACCUUACCAUUCAGGCGGUGUGGGUAACGUGUGACAGCACUCCAUCUCGGAAUAUACAAGACAUACAAUAAACUUGGUUCAGUUUACUUUCAGCCGAAAUGCGGAGAUGAGCAGUGAGUGAACUGUCUCAGUCAUCAUUGCUGUCAACAGAUGAGGACCGUGACUUUAGCACGAAUCGAUAGACUCAGACAUGGACGAUGGGUUCUAUCAAGAUAUCUAGGUGUCCAGGGUAUAGCUGCGAAAAUCUAUGCCGC